AUCAGCCCGUGAGGAGGCGCUGCACAGGGCUAUGGCCGAGGAGAGCCGUGGAAAACGGCGGAAACAGGCGAACCCGCGACGCAAACGAGAGUGCUCUCUGGGCUCUGAGGGAGAGGAUGAGGGGUGUGCAUGGGGGACGGAUGUGCAGGAUGAAAGAAAUGAACAAGAUAAAAUGAGUCUGACACCCAGCGAGGGCACAGAGGUUGGAAGUCCUGCUCGUUCCACCCACGCCCACAGUCUGAGCCCCUCGCUGGAGCACUGGGAUGAGACUGAGAACACAACCCUCCCAAGUAGCACCGGCGAGACAGAGAACAGUACAUACACACAGAAAGAUGCCUGUGUAGUGGAGGACUGGACUCGGUAUGACUUCCUCAUGCAGCUGAGAAAAGUGUCCCACCUUCCUGAUUCACAACACAGCCAGCAACACAACGGCUCCAUCACUUCCUACCACACUCCUGGUGCACAGAGCAACACACCAUCAACCUUGUCACCAGGUGUUCAGGAGUCACCUGAAGGGAAAGACGCAGACCCUGGGAGCCCUGAUCCUACAGGGACAGAAAUGCAGGUGUGUCUAUUUUGCCAGCGGUCAUACCAGCAGGGCAUCUAUCUCAGAGAACACAUGAAGUUGUGCCAGGAGAGGGAGGGAGGGCACAGUGUGUGUCCGUUCUGUGGCUACAGCACUCCAUACAGGGCACAGAUGGAGCGGCACAUGGCACUACAUACCCAGGUUAAAGAGAAGAGUUCUAUGGCUGACCCCAACAUAGAAAACCGGAAGUUUAAGUGUACACAGUGUGGAAAAGCCUUUAAAUACAAGCAUCAUCUUAAGGAGCAUCUACGCAUUCAUAGUGGUGAGAAGCCCUACGAGUGCUCCAACUGUAAGAAACGUUUCAGUCACUCAGGCUCCUACAGCUCACACCUGAGCAGCAAAAAGUGUCUCAGUGUGGGUGGAUCAGGGAAUGGCACAUAUUUCAAUGGCCACUCUCACCCUGCCUACCUCUUCCCCUCCCCAACGUCACCCCCUGUAGUUGGAAGCAGGAAUGGUAACAGAGGGAAGAGCUCUCCAUAUGCCCCACCGAGUCAUUGCUUCACGGAGCAUCUCGCCAAUCAGGGACAGGAAUCUGUUGCUUCUGCCCUCCAAACUUCAGAUCUAAGCAGACCGUGGGAUUCUGUUUCACCCAUGAGGAUGGGGGUGUUUAAAGGGACUACACUUUUGCCCUUACUGCACUCUGGUGGCAAGUUUGAAGAACUCCUGCAGGAAAUGCUCCGAAAGGAAGUGGGGAAGGAUGAGCAGCUAGGAAGCAGACAGGACAAGGAAGAAGAAGACAAGACAGAAAGAAGAGAGGGGAAAAGUGAUGUGCCUGUCAGUGCAGUAUCAUGUCAGCGGUGCUUCCAGUUGUUUCCAAAUGAAGUUGUUCUAAAGCAGCACGAGAGAUAUCUGUGCAAGGGAAAAGAUGAGCAGGACAUUGCAGAAAUGCACUUCAUCAAAGAUGGAUCACCACUCAACUUCUCACGUGCCUCCCAUCACGUUUACAACACACAGAAAACUCCUACCACUCCUAAUGGAAUGACCAGAGAGAUCUCUUCUCCACAGCGGGUGUCUUGGCAUUCGCUUCCACAGCAGCUCCUUGUGCCCCUACCUUUGCCUUUCCGCUCUGAGCCUGCACAUGCCUACUGGCCAAACAGAAAGACAGACAGUCCUGGAAACUCCACCGUCAUGAGCCCGACCUCACCCUCGCUACAGGAACGCCGACGUCCAAGCUUCAUCACUCCAUCAGUCACAUCACCAUGCCAGCCUCUUCAACACAGACCAUCACCCAGAUCAGAGGGUUCUCAGAGUGAACCCCUAGACCUCUCCAUUCCCAAAGCACGUAAAAGCUCAGAGCCUAGCUCAGACUGCAAUGGCAGUUCACCACAGCUGGACCAGAGGGAUGCGGAUCAUCUAACCACAAGGUUAAGCCCACUAUCUCAUCACGAAGUAGGCGGGGCCUAUAGACCUUUAUUUGGAAGUGCACUUUUCAGCAACUUUCCCUUUUUUAAUCCCAUCGUGUCAAGUGGUCUUGCAGCAAUGGGGCGUAAUGGCAUGACGUCACUUCCUCUAACGUCACCAGCACCCAGCCCUGGGUUUCUCUCUCCCAUAGCAUAUAUGAUGGAGCCAGAGUCUGAGACCAUGCUCAAAAGAAUGGAGAUAAAUGUCAUGGGUGAUGCCAGAAUUAGAGGAAGUCUGGACUACCUCGCUUUGAUGGAAGAGGGGCUGGAUGGAGACCAUGGUCCAGGGAGAAAGAGACUCAGGAAGACAGACGAAGGAUUAUAUGCCUGUGACAUCUGUGACAAAAGCUUCCAGAAGAGCAGCUCUUUGCUGCGCCACAAAUAUGAACACACAGGAAAGCGGCCACAUGAGUGCCAGAUCUGUAAGAAAGCAUUUAAACACAAGCACCACCUGAUUGAGCACAGUCGGCUUCACUCUGGAGAAAAGCCCUAUCAGUGUGAUAAAUGUGGCAAGCGUUUCUCACACUCAGGCUCCUACUCACAGCACAUGAACCACCGUUAUGCUUUCUGUGGGCGAGACAAUGACCCAGACACACAGGGAGAGGAGCAGGUUUUGGGGGACACAGCUCUCUACACAAGCCCGCACACCAAGCUUUAUCCUGAGACAAGAGAUAAUCCUCUCACACUGGAGGAAACAGCCACGUUCCUCAGUGAUUCCAGCCUUGAUGGGGCUCCACUAGGAUUCCGAGCAGAAGAGGAGGAAGAGGAGGAGGAGGAAGACGAAAACUCACUUAGUAAUCAUGCGCACAAGAGAAGAGUAGAGAGAAGAAUGGAGAUAGAGGACAGAAGUAGACACCUGGAACAGUCAAGUGAAGAUAGUAAGAAGAAAAAUGAAAAGGAGGAUGAAGGACUGGACACAAAAAAUUAUUAUCGUAGCAGUGAGAUCAAAGUGGAGCAUGAUGAGGAGCAAAGAGACGUGACUCAAGAGACAGUAUGAAUGCUCUGGGCAGAGAAAUUUUAAGCUUUGAGUUCAUUUGCCAAAGGUGUGUAAAAACACAAGGACAGUGUUGUACAGAACAGAAUUUGAAUGCCUUAAGUGCUUAAAGGUCUGCCUCGUGCCUUUAGAUCUAUGCUGAUUCAGGACAAUAAUGCAAAACAUGCACACCAUUAAUAUUAAUACAGUAACAUACAUGCACAAGGGCUAGAUAACCAAAGCUGGACUGUAUAUUUGGUGCUCAGUAUUUGAUGCUGUGUUCUUUAAAGCAUUUUUUAAACCAAACUAUCACAAACACAGUAUAAUACUUUUAAGAAAUGAAAACUGUUUUGUCUUCACAUUCACAGUUUCAAUAUACCCAAUCAUAAGUACAGACCAAAAAUUAUGUUUUUUUUUUUGUGGAUUAAACCCAGGUACAUUCCGUGUACAUUCACUCAAAUGAAAUUAUAGCAUUCAUUUUCUCAAAAUCCAUUUAUCACUUCUGAGCAAACUAAUCAGAUGGCUGAUUCAGAGCAUAAAGGGUUUUCACCUUCAUAAUUAUCUUAACAUCAAGGAUAUUCUAAAAUAAAGAUUGAUAGACAUCUUUAUCUGCACUGUGAAAAUCUAGAUGAACAGGAACUUUCUUUAAUUUCAGCACUCAAAACAAAUCCAAAAGUAUUUACACUCUCUAAUGUCAGCCUGUCUGUGUUAAAACAUGCGUUGUGUAACAUGCAUCAUGCCACUGUAACAGAUUCUAUGACAGAGAAAGAAGUGAAUGGUCCAUGUAGGUUGCGAAACUCUGAAAAACCUACUACAUAUGAGAACUAAACAUGUUGCUGCAUACUGAAUUGUUGCAUGAGACAGCGGAGAGUGAGAAAUAUGACAUUACUGAGGUUUGCUAGCGUGUGGGGUUUAACGAUGCAAGAGGUCUUAUCAAUACACAUCACCUGUAGCAUUUAACUGCCCAAGUAGAAAAUGGUGCUUUUUUUCCAGGUAUGCGUCCAGCUUUAUCCUGUUUUAAGUCAGGGUUUAUCUGUCAAUGUGUAAAUGUUGCUAAAUGUACAUCCCUUUAAGCUAUUUAAAUAUUCUGUCUAAUUUGCAUGUGUUGCUUUUAUACAGAAUUUGUUAAGCUUUUGUACCAUUUUACAGAAU